CUUGGCAUUCUCGAACAAAAUUAACAACAAACAAAUUUUUCGUUUUCAAAAUUUUUUACAGUUAUUGAAAAUUAUGAUGUCGCUCCGUUUGGCCCGCGGUAUAUUCAAGAAAAUUCCAAUCAGAAAUUAUAGCCGAGCACCCUGUGAAAUUAUCGAGAUAUUGGAGUCGGGCUUCGAGACAUUGGCCCAAUCCAAAUCGCAAUCGCUAUUGAAAAAGCAUUUGACCCAGGAGAUAUUCGAUAAGAUCAAGACCCGGGUGACGCCCUCCUACUGCUCCACGCUGUUGGACUGCAUCCAGUCGGGGCUGUGCAAUCACGAUUCCGGCGUUGGCAUCUAUGCGCCCGAUCCGGAGGCAUACUCCACGUUUGCGGAACUCUUCGAUCCGAUUAUCGAUGAUUAUCACAUGGGCUUCAAGGGAGCCGAUAAGCAUCCGGCAACCUGUUUUGGCUACGGUUCCGAUUUUCCCAAUCUCGAUCCCGAGCAACGUUUCAUUGUAUCGACGCGCAUCCGUUGCGCUCGCUCCGUUAAGGAUUUCCCGUUCAAUCCCUGCCUGACCAAGAAGGAGUAUCGCCAUCUGGAGUGCAUGAUCAACAAGGUGUUGAAGACGCUGUGCAACGAGCACUCCGGCCAAUUCAAGGCGCUCAGCUGCAUGGAGAAGGAGGAACAGCAGCAGCUGGUCGAUGACCAUCUGCUCUUCAAGGAGGGCGAUCGCUUUCUGCAGGAUGCGAAUGCCUCCCGGUUCUGGCCGACUGGACGCGGCAUAUUCAUUAACCAGAAUCGCACGUUUAUCGUGUGGGUCAACGAGGAGGAUCACAUACGUGUCAUAUCCAUGGAGAAGGGCGGCGAUCUGGGCAGAGCCUACGAGCGCAUGAUCAUUGGCGUCGAGUCGCUGGCGCAUUCGCUCAAAUUCAGUCACGACAAGCGACUCGGCUAUCUGACGUUCUGCCCCAGCAAUCUGGGCACCACCAUCCGUGCCUCUGUCCACAUCAAGCUGCCCAAGCUGGGCGCCGACAAGGCCAAGCUCGAGGAGGUCGCCAAGAAGCACAAUCUCCAGGUGCGCGGCACCAGCGGCGAGCACUCCGAGGCCAAGGACGGCGUCUAUGACAUCUCCAACAAGCGGCGCCUGGGCCUCACCGAGUACCAGGUCGUUAUGGAGAUGCACAAGGGCAUCACCGCCCUGAUCGAUGCCGAGUGCCAGGCGAGCUCUCAAAAAUAGAUUUUUUUUUGUUUUUUGCCUUUCAUUACGCUUUUCCAGCUGCGAUGCUCGCAUGAUGUAAGCCAGCAUAAUAAAUAGUGUAUAUUAACUAA